UCAAAUCAAGCGCUUGCGUAAUUUGUCAUGUCAAAGGCGAGGAGCGCUUGACAGCUAUCCGUGCUCUUCGACUUUGCAGCCACGUAUUUGAUGACUUGAGCUCGAUCAAUUUUGGCAAAGGACGGCGUUUAUGGCUACCGCUUUGUUGAGGAGAAGCGCGGGUUAUAUUCAAGGUCUAGAGGAGUCGUCUAACGCACCUUUCGCGGUGGCCGAGGGAGACGCUUUUAGCCUUCAAGACUGUAUUACAGGGAGGAGUAGAUUUAAUGCCACCCCAUCAAACGACCACAUUCUGAUGGACAAAUACCUGCCAGCUCAGUUCCAGACAAUGUCAGAGUACAAGAAGUUCAGCCAGGAAAGCUUCCUAAUGGACCAAAGUUCUCCCUACAGCAUCAACAUGAACGUCUUUCUUCCCGAUGUCACCUAUCUGCGGACCGGCCUCUGCCGACCCGCCAGGCCCACAGAACCCCAGCUGAAGGCAGAACCGCUGCACUCCCUUAGCUACCCGAGCUGCCCCCGAGCCGUUACCGGCGGCCCGCCUCCAUCCGAAUACACGCACCUUUUCGGCGCGGCUGCUGGACCAGGCAGCACGGCUUUCAUCAAGCAGGAGACACCCCCGCUUGACUUCCAGGACGUCCCGUUGUUCCAGCUGUUGAACUCGGACGUGGAUCCCACGGCUGCCCACCCCUUCGCAGAGCCCCCCGGCGGCGCCUGCUCCUCCAUGCCGGCGUUCGGUGCACCAAUGGCGGGGCGGGCCGCAACCGAGGCAGGUGCCGGAGGGCCACCCUCCGCCGGGACCUUCGGCCAGCGGCAGCAGCAGAAAGCGGUUUGCCUUCCCCCCUCGCCUCCCAGCUCCGAGCCCGGAAGCCCUGACCGGAGGAAAGAGCUCAUGCAUAACCUGUCACCACCUCCCUCCUACGCUGCCAGUAUGGCAUCCAAACUGGCAGGGCCGGCAUUAGGCCCUGGAGCUCCCAUGCCAGUACAAACACAAGCCAUGCCUGCUAGGUACAACCGCAGAAACAAUCCAGAUCUAGACAAGAGGAGGAUACAUCACUGUGAUGUCCCAGGGUGUAAGAAAGUCUACACCAAGUCCUCCCAUUUGAAGGCCCAUUUGCGGACGCACACAGGCGAGAAGCCGUACAAAUGCUCGUGGGAGGGCUGCGACUGGCGCUUCGCCCGCUCCGACGAACUGACGCGUCACUUCAGGAAGCACACGGGGGCCAAGCCCUUCCACUGCGCCGUGUGUAGCCGCAGCUUCUCCCGGUCCGACCACCUGGCCCUACACAUGAAGAGGCACCAGAGCUAGACGUACCCCAACCCACCGACACUCCCUGCCCAGCCUACGCUCUCCGGCUGUCUAGGAGAACGGCUCCUGUAUAUGUUUUGUAGAUCCAUCGCUAUGGUGGUUCUUCAUGGGUUCUGACAGAUCUCGAGGUGGGUAGGGGCAAACUGUGCUGGCAGUGGGCCUACAGCCCUGCGGGACAUAACAGCAGCUAAGCAGUCUGAACAACUGGGAGUUUUGUCAUCAGCUGUUUUUGUUUCGUGUUGUGCGUUCGUCACGAAAGUACUUUCAAUGUGCCUUUUCCAUUUUAACGAACACAGAAACCACCUCCCAUGUGAAUAAGCUCACAAAUCCGUUGCACCUUACGGUUAAUUUAACUUUUGUCCCAGUUAGAUUAAAAUAACAUUAACGCCAAGUUGAUGUUAAGCUAAGGAGGAGAUCUCACUUCUAAUUUCCAAGUCCAGGCUUGUUCUGUACCCAAAAAAAAACAAAAAAAAACAAAACAAGAAUAGUUAGAGCAAUGUGAAGCAAAUCUGAUCAUUCAUGGGGACAUUAAAAGCUCUUGUUGAAAGAACAGCAUGAUUGGAAACAGUGUUUGGUUCAUUCUUGUAUCAACAACUGGCUAAAUAAAGUAAUGAAGUCUUAAAUGCCAAAGAAAAGAAGAAAGUAAAAAGUUCGUCAUCUGGUCAAUUGGCCUGCAGUCACAGUUUCACGUUUUUUUCUUUCUUUUUUAAGGGUAGGCUACAUUUAUUCUUAAUCAAAGAACAAUACAGAAACUGACAAAACUCCCUGUAACUUCAAAUGAAAAGUGCUUGGAAUGCUGCAUUUCAUGGUCAAUCUACCAUAAAUACCAAUUUAGUGAUAUUUAUGGUGGAUUGAGAUGAAAUAUGUGAUCUGAAAACAUUUUAUUUGGGAUAGCUUUAAGUGUAAAUAUUGUAAUUCCUUUAGUCUGUAUUAUUUAUUUUUUUGAGAUGAGUGUUUUUCUACUCUAUAAAUACUUCUCUAUGCACAUAUACGAUGUGACUAGAGGUAUGGGAAUGAUGGUUUUAAUUAUUAAAAGAAAUCUUACAUUUCAAAUCAUUUGAGAACAACAUGAUUGCCUUCAGAUAUUAGAGAUAUUAGCUGCAGCAGAUAAGUCCUCAGUUUGUGAUUGUAAGGCUUAUAGAGUGUUUUGUGUGUACUGUGCGUGUGGUCUUAUAAACCUUUCCACUGCAUUA